AUGUCGGGAUCGGGUUUACCAUGUGGUGCCCGCAAGUUCUUGAGGAAAAAAUGUAUCCAAGGGUGCAUCUUUGCCUCUUACUUCUGCCUUGAUCAAGGAUCUGAUCAUUUUGCAGCCAUCCAUAAGGUGUUUGGUGCCAGUAACGCUUCAAAGCUACUAGCCCAACUUCCAGAAAAUGACCGUUAUUGGGCUGUAUUUACACUUUGGUAUGAAAACCAAGCCAGGCUUCACGACCCCAUAUAUGGUUGUGUUUCACACAUGUUUUCCCUUGAACAACAGGUUAUCUGUCUGCAAAUUCAGAUCGCGUUAUUGCAGGAAUUUUUGUUUGCUACCUCAUGUCCAAUCUCGCAAGGUGUUCCAAAUUGGGUUCUCCCAGAACCCAGUUUUGGACAUAUUCCAUAUGGUGAAAAUGGAUCAUUCUUCGUGGAUGAUCCAAACCCUAUCGACGCUAGCAGCAACUAG